AUGGGCGAUGAUAGAUACUACACUUUGUCCGAAGGAUGCCCCUUCGCAAACGACAAGACGGCUGUUCUGAUGCGGGGCAGCCAGGGCGGCGGCCUCGGAUUGCUUCAGGACACCCAGCUCAUUGAGACGCUUGCUCACUUCUCCCGCGAGAGAAUUCCAGAACGUGUCGUUCACGCCAAAGCUGUUGGGUGCUACGGAGAAUUCGAAGCCACCCGCGAUUGUUCCGACUUCACCAGCGCCAGCUUCCUCUCUAAGGUGGGAAAGAAGACGCCCGUGCUUCAGCGCGUGUCAACGGUCGGGCCCGAGUCCGGAUCUGCCGAUACUUCCCGCGAUGUGCACGGAUGGGCCAUGAAGUUCUACACCGACGAGGGAAACCAAGAUUUCGUUUUUAAUAACACGCCGGUCUUCUUCAUUCGUGACCCAAUCAAGUUCCCGUCUAUGAACCGCUCUCACAAGCGACACCCUCGAACCCAUCUUCCCGACGCAAACAUGUUCUGGGAUUUCCACGUCGGCAACCCUGAGGGUAUCCACCAACUUCUGGUUCUGUUCAGUGACCGUGGUACUCCAAAGUCGGUCCGCUACAUGAACUCGUACAGUGGACAUACGUACAAGUUCACUAAGCCUGAUGGCUCGUUUAAAUACGCUAAAAUCCACGUCAAAACACAGCAAGGCGUGGAGAACUUCUCUUCCCAGGAAGCUACCAAGAUCGCCGGAGAGGACCCUGACUUUAUGAUCCGUGACAUGUUCGAGGCUAUCGAGAGGGGUGAUUAUCCUGUCUGGAACGUCUAUGUCCAGCUGAUGAGCCCCGAAGAGGCCGAGAAGUAUAAGUGGAACAUCUUUGACAUGACCAAGGUUUGGGCGCACAAAGACUUCCCUCUGCAGCAGAUUGGUCGUCUUACUAUGAACCGCAACCCGGAAAACUACUUUGCCGAUAUCGAGCAAGCUGCGUUCUCGCCCUCGACCAUGGUUCCUGGAUUCGCUGCGUCCGCAGAUCCAGUGCUGCAAGCAAGACUCUUCGCCUAUCCCGAUGCAGCCCGCUACCGCCUCGGCGUCAACUAUCAGCAACUCCCUACGAACGCUGCAAAGGUACAAGUCUACUGCCCCUUCCAGCGUGACGGAGCCAUGCGAUUUGACGGCAAUUACGGCGGUGACCCCAACUAUGUUGGCUCCUCGAUAAAGCCCAUCAAGUACUACCAAGACGUGAAGGGAAUCAGCGCUUCAGCUCUAGCCCUACACACCGAGCACGAAAAGUGGGCGGGAGAGGUCUCCGCCUAUACCAGUGAGAUCACCGACGAUGAUUUCGUCCAGCCUGCAGCAUUAUGGGAGGUGAUUGGUCGCCAGCCUGGUCACCAGGAUAGAGUCAUCGAGAACCUCGUCGGUAGUGUCAAGGGUGUCAAGUACCCUGAACUGCGAAAGGCUGUCUAUAGUCUCUUUAGCCGUGUCAAUAAGGGCCUCGGGUCCAAGUUGCAGCAGCGUACAGAAGCAGCGAUCGAGACUGCGUAG